UUUUUCCAGGAAGAGUUUUAUGGAAGAACCAUCACCAUUGCAGAUAGGGAGUUUGUGGAACAGCAAGUCGAUGGCAUGCUUGAAGAUGCAAAGACUACAGACAUAGCCUUUCUUGUUGUGGGUGAUCCUUUUGGGGCAACUACGCAUUCUGACCUCAUACUACGUGCAUUGCAAGAAGGAGUGUCAUACAAAGUCAUUCACAAUGCCUCCAUCUUGAAUGCAGUUGGCUGUUGUGGGCUACAGCUAUAUAACUUUGGGGAGACAGUCUCCAUCGUAUUUUGGACUGAUACAUGGAAACCAGACAGUUACUGUGACAAGAUUACAGUAAAUAGAAACAAUGGGUUUCACACUCUUUGUUUGUUAGAUAUCAAAGUUAAGGAGCAGUCUUUGGAAAACCUGAUGAAAGGGAAAAAGAUUUAUGAGCCACCCCGCUACAUGAAUGUGAAGGAGGCGGCCACACAGUUGCUGCAGGUUGUUGAAAAGAAACGAGAUGAAGGGCCAUCUAAUUUAGCCUUUGACGAGAACACGAUCUGCGUCGGCCUGGCCCGCAUCGGCAGCGACACCGAGAAGCUGCUCGCCGGCACUCUCCACCAGAUGGCACAAGUUGACAUGGGGCUGCCGCUGCACUCGCUGGUCGUCGCGGGUUACCUGCAUCCAAUGGAGCUGGAGAUGCUACGCACGUUUGCGAUCGACGUGGCGACGUUUGAUCAGCUGCUUCACGAGCGCUUCCAGGAUCGGCCGUGGCUGCAAGACGCACAGUGAUGCGUGCACGAGUUCAUGACCGCGGGGUGUGGGGCGUUGUCGGGACGAUUUGGGGUUCGGUCAGUUCCUGGAACACCCGAAAGGUCGUGGAUUUUUUUAAAUGGCAUUUUCCAGGCCGGUUUGGUCCUGUGAAAUAGGGUUUUAUGAUGCUUGGUUCCUGGUGUCGCGCAAAAUUCCUGA